UUUUGUUCGUUCAUUGACCUGAUACCCUGAACAGGCUAAGAAUCCCAGGUAGACAUAGAGGGAGAAAAUGUCAAAGUUAGUGACACAGGAUGCGAUUUCGAUCUUGUUUGCGAAUCCGUCUCCGGAUUCUUCAUCGGAGCUUCCCGAGAUCGUCGUCCAAGUCCUGGAUCUCAAGCAAAGCGGCAACAGAUAUAUGUUUACUGCAAGCGAUGGGAGAUUGAAAUUAAGAGCAAUCCUACCCUCAAGUCAGAAUCCCCUGGUACUCUCAGGGAAUAUUCAGAAUCUGGGUCUUAUUCGCAUCAUCGACUACACUCUUAACGACAUCCCAAAUAAGUCAGAGAAGUAUCUUAUUGUGACAAAAUGUGAACCAGUCUCCCCUGCACUUGAAAUGGAAAUAAAGCAUGAGGUAAAGAGCGAGAAAACUGGCAUUAUUCCGAAACGAGGGCAAGAGGACGUAAUGAAAAGUCAGGUAAAAACUGAAGUAGCAGGCCUUCUUUUGAAACCAAAGCAAGACAUCGUGGCCAAAUCUGCUGCCCAGAUCGUACAUGAACAACACGGAAAUAUGGUCCCUGCUGCUCGAAUGGCCAUGACUCGCAGAGUGCGUCCUCUGGUUUCCUUAAACCCUUAUCAGGGUAACUGGACAAUAAAAGUUCGGGUUACAAACAAAGGAAUCAUGCGCACUUAUACGAAUGCAAGAGGGGAAGGUUGUGUCUUUAACGUGGAACUGACAGAUGAAGAUGGUACUCAAAUUCAAGCAACAAUGUUUAAUGAAGCUGCAAGGAAAUUCUAUGAAAAAUUUGUGUUGGGGAAGGUUUACUACAUUUCAAAGGGCACUUUAAAAGUUGCUAACAAGCAGUUCAAAACCGUUCAAAAUGAUUAUGAAAUGACACUGAAUGAGAACUCUGAAGUGGAAGAGGCACCCAAUGAAGAAAGCUUUGUUCCAGAAACAAGGUUCAAGUUUGUCCCGAUUGAUCAGCUGGGUCCGUAUGUCAACAGAAAUGAACUUGUCGAUGUCAUUGGAAUUGUUCAAAAUGUGUCUCCUACAAUGAGCAUACGCAGGAAGAGCAGCAAUGAAACUGUCCCGAAGCGUGAUAUUACUAUUGCUGAUGAGACGAAGAAAACAGUAGUUGUGUCUUUGUGGAAUGAGAAUGCGACUCAUGUCGGGCAAGAAUUGUUGGACCUUGCUGGUAAUUCUCCUGUAGUAGCAAUCAAAUCACUCAAGGUUGGGGACUUUCAAGGUGUUUCCUUGUCAACUAUAAGCAAAAGUCUAGUGCUGGUAAAUCCAGACAUACCUGAAGCAAAGAAGCUUAGAUGCUGGUACGAAUCUGAAGGCAAAGAUGUAUCACUGGCGUCCAUAAGCUCUGGCACGAGUUCAGCAUCCAUGAAUGGAGUGAGAUCAGUGUAUUCAGACCGUGUUUCACUUUCUCAUAUUACGUCAAACCCAUCCUUAGGGGAGGACAAGCCUUCAUUUUUCAGUAUUAGGGCACAUAUAAGCUAUAUCAAGCCUGACCAGACGAUGUGGUACCGAGCUUGUAAAACAUGCAACAAGAAAGUCACCGAAUCCAUUGGCGCUGGGUAUUGGUGUGAAGGCUGCCAAAAAAAUUAUGAAGAGUGCAGUUUAAGAUACAUUAUGGUUGUAAGAGUUGCUGAUAGAAGUGGGGAAGCCUUUGUCUCAGUCUUCAACGAAGAAGCUGAGAAGAUUAUUGGGUGCUCUGCUGAAGAACUUGAUAGCCUAAAGUCGCAGGAGGGGGAAGAUAAUCCAUAUCAGCUGAAACUGAAACAAGCAACAUGGACUCCUUAUCUUUUCCGGGUCAGUGUCUCUCAAAAUGAGUAUAAUAAUGAGAAAAGACAGAGGAUAACAGCCCGGGCAGUUGUUCCGAUGGACUUUGCUGCCGAGUCGAGAUUUCUCUUGGAAGAGAUAUCGAAAAUGAGAGUUUCUCAAUAGGAUGCACAUGCUAAUUAUAGUUCCUACUUCCUCGGCUCAUCUUUGUUUGAAGCCGUUGACUCUCAUUUUUGCUUGUAAUAUAUAUCAAGCCCUUAGGUGAUUUAUACUUUGCUGAUAUUGACGCCGAGAACGUAGUAGAUGAGCUUCGAUGUAAAUCCGCAUAUGUCGAAUCCUAUAUAAUGAUAAGUUUUUAUUACAA